AUGGAUAGCUUCUACAGAAAAGCCAUGGUUUUAGCUUUAGCUGUAGCAAUAUUAGCAUUAGUAAACGUUGGCUAUAGUCAAGAUACUCUUUUUCCAGCCAUCGUAACAUUUGGUGACUCAUCGGUGGAUGUUGGAAAUAAUAACCAUCUGUCCACAAUUUUCAAGGCCAAUUACCCUCCUUAUGGAAGGGAUUUUGGCAAGCAUAAACCCACAGGGAGGUUUUGCAAUGGGAAAUUAGCCACUGACUUUACCGGCAAGUGCAAAAUAUCAAAUUCCGAAGAUUGGCUGCUUGCCAUAUAUAUUCAGACUUUUGCACCAGCCUAUCUCAGCCCAGAAGCAUCAGGAAGAAACCUUCUUAUUGGAGUCAACUUUGCAUCUGCAGCAUCUGGGUAUGAUGAUAAAACUGCCAUUCUACAUGGUGCAAUUCCAUUGUCUAUUCAGUUAAAGCACUUUAGGGAAUACAAGACUAAAUUAGUGAAGGUGGCUGGUCGUAGAAAAUCAGCAUCAAUCGUUAAGGGCGCAUUAUACAUUUUGAGUACAGGCACUGCCGAUUUCUUUCAGAACUACUAUGUCAACCCUUCAGUAAACAAAGUCUACACUCCUGAUCAGUAUGCCUCAUACCUUGCCACUACAUUCUCAGGCUUUGUUAAGGACUUGUAUAGUUUGGGGGCAAGGAGACUUGGAGUAACUUCACUCCCACCAUUGGGUUGCGUUCCUGAAGCCCGCACCUUGUUUGGAUAUCGCAGAAAUGACUGCGUCUCCAGGGUCAAUGCAAUUGCCCAGCAGUUUAAUAAGAAGCUCAACUCAUCUGCAGCUAAUCUCCGAAAGCAACUUCCGGGUUUAAAGAUAGUUGUCUUCGAUAUCUAUAAGCCGUUAGAAGACCUGGUUAAAUCUCCUCUAACUUAUGGUUUUGUGGAAGCAAGAAGGAGUUGCUGCCAGACAAGGACUGGAGGGAAAACGUCAGUAUUGUGCAAUCCGAAGUUGCCAGGAACUUGCCCCAAUGCCACUCAGUUUGUGUUUUGGGACAAUGUUCAUCCUUCUCAGGCUGCUAAUCAGGUUCUUGGUGAUGCAAUGCUUGCUCAAGGUGUCUCGCUCAUUGGGUGA